AUGUCGAAUAUAUUAUCAGUCUUCAAUCCUCCUCCAUCGCGAGAUCUAUCAUCAGAUGAAAUAGGCAAAAAAUGUAUACCCUGCACAGCAGUCCAAUCAAUAGCUGCUCUCAUUGGUGGAUUUUGGUUUAGUUCUCCUAAUCAAUUCAAAGAUAAGGUAACAGGAAAGAUUGAUCUUAAGAAAAAUCCCUUGUGGUGGCAAAGGUCGGUUAGAGGGUCAGGGAUAGUAUUGUUUGGGUUGGGUGCAUAUCGUGCUGGAGAGGUUAUUCAGAUGUUAUUACAUGAUAGGUUGGAAUGA